AAUCCCAGCUGUGGCCAAGGUAAUUCUCGCCAUGGAGACCGGCCCAAUAGCGCCCACUCUAAACUUCACCGAGCCACACCCAGACAUGGUUUCAUUGUGCGAUGGCCGCGUGAAAGUAGUUGACAAGACGAUGCCAUUCGACGGUGGCAUGGUGGGCAUCAACUCUCAGGGAAUUGGCGGUACCAACGGACACGCAAUCUUAGAAUCUUACCCAAGCCCCCACGUGGAUAGCUUUCCGCGUGAGAGGCCAGAACUCCCACGGCUUGUUCUUAUGUCUGGAAGGACCGAAGAGGCAACAAUGCGAGCGCUGGAACGAGUACAAGCUGAGGGACCGUACCCAGACUCGGGUUAUGCCCUGCUCAAUCGAAUUGGACAGCGAAGCCUCAAGCAGUUCCCUUAUCGAGGAUAUGCCAUCAUACCCGUAGACGGCAACAACAAAGGGGUGGUCAAGGCUGUAGAGAGGGCGGCGUCUGAAGAACGACCCCUCUGGUUCGUUUUCAAUGGCGUCGGCAGCCAGUGGAACGGAAUGGCGCGCCAGAUGCUACAGUUUGAAAUCUUUGCCGAGUCCAUUCGGAAAUCUCACGAACUUCUGAAGGAGAAAUUUGGGGAAGACCUGAUGGGCAUGCUGAUCUCGGAAGAGCCUCGGUGCAAAACAAUUAAGGCUUGUUUUCUUUCCAUUGCAGCUGUCCAGGUUGCACUCGUGCACAUGCUUCAAGCCCUAGGGAUUCAACCUGAUGGUAUGUUUGGACAUUCGGUUGGUGAGAUUGGCUGUGCAUAUGCGGACGGAGGCUUCACCGCGGAGCAGGUCUUGCUUUGCGCCUACUGGCGAGGCCGUUGCCUAGAAGUGGGCUAUACAUUCGAUGGUGCCAUGGCAGCAGUAGGUCUCACUUGGGAAGAGGCCAAACGACGCUGCCCUCCUGACGUAUACCCUGCUUGCCACAACGCGGAAGAUUCGGUGACAGUUUCCGGCACAGCUGGCGCGGUAGAGAAAAUGAUUGAGGAACUGCAAGCCCAGAACAUAUUUGCACGCAAAGUGAACAGCCUUGGAGUGGCUUUCCACACCAAGCACGUCCACAACAUCGGUCCUGCUUUUCGGGAAGCUCUAGAAAAGAUUAUACCCGAACCAAAGGCACGCACCAAACGCUGGAUCAGCACAUCCAUGCCAGAGAGCCGGUGGGAUGAACUUGGAGUGCAGCUAUGUUCUGCCGAGUACCACGCAAACAACUUCCUAAACCCAGUGCUCUUUUGCGAAGCCUUCAAACAUGUACCAGAGAAUGCCAUCUUAGUGGAGAUUGGACCGCACUGCCUUUUGCAGUCGAUCCUCCAGCGAGGUGUUGGGCCUGAAGCCACCUGCAUGGGCCUCAUGAAACGCAAUGCAGACAACAUCCAGCACUUCUUGGGUUCACUGGGGAAACUUCAUAGUCUGGGAGUGAAGAUGGACUUGUCUGUAUUGUACCCUCCUGUCCCGUGGCCCUUGCCCCGCGGUACGCCCAACAUCGGCCACCUGGCCGCCUGGGACCACUCUGAAACUUGGCACGUAGCGAAAUGGGACGAUUUUCCUACGCCGGAUGAGGGAAAGGACGAUAUCACGGAAGUGGACAUUGAAUCUCACAGCGAGGACAAGUACCUCGUUGGUCACCAACCUGAUGGGCGUAUCGUGUUUCCUGGCUCUGGGUACCUGUACCUUGCUUGGCGGUUUUUGGCCAGACUUAAUGGCAAGGAUGUUAACGAGGUGCCCGUAAUCAUCGAUGACGUGAAAAUGAAGCGUUUCACGAUCCUGCCUCCUACUGGUGGUGUCCGAUUCCAGAUCACCGUGAUGCCGGUCUCCGGCGAGUUUGAAGUGUGCGAAAGUCGAUCAGUGGUCUGUAAAGGCCGUAUUCGUCUAGCCGAAGCAGGUGAAACGGUGCUGCUCAAUGAUCCUCCUGGAAACCCUGCAGAAGACGUUGAGUUCGAUAUGAGUUGUGUGGACAUUUACAAGGACCUGAAAAUGCGAGGAUAUAAGUUCACUGGAGCAUUCCAGGGUACCCUAAAGGCUUCCUCGCAGAAGCCAUACGCGAAACUCAAGUGGGAUGGCAACUGGGUGGCCUUCUUGGACACAGUGAUGCACAUGAGCUUCAUCUGGAAGCCCGUAAGGGCGUUUACGCUACCACUUGCGGUACAGUCAAUCCGCAUCGACCCCAUUCUCCACGCAAAGAUCGCCGAGGGGACCGGAGAUGAUGGUCUCCACCUAAUCUACGACUCCUACCUCAACUUACGCCGUGCUGGUGGCGUUGAAGUACAGGGCACAAAAAUGUACACAAUGCCACGGCGGCGUGUAGCCCACAUCCCAAUAAUAGAAGAACACCGCUUUGUCCCGUAUAUGGAUGAUGAAAUAGCCCGUCAUCGUCGACAAGAACUUUUACAUGAAUAUGCUGGCGUAUGCAACUGUAUCAGCCGAGGCUUGCAGAAGUUCAGCGUGGAAGAAACAAGCCAUUUCGAGGCCACCUUGAACAGUUCUGUGGAAGUGACAGAAAAACUCCUCAUCCACUAUGUAGAGAACAUAGAGCAUAAUCAAAGCCUACUACAGUUCCUGAUUGCAAUGCAGAAAGAGGCAUUUGAUCCUGCAACACUGGCUUCAACACUGCAAUCGGCAUUGCUGUCCAACGCCAAUUCCCUCGAAGAAGAUAUACUGAGCACUGCACUCCUAGAGGAAGACCCCCUACGAGAUGUCAUUCAUGUAGUUGUUGAAAAUACAAGCUCCAAUAAGCUAUCUGUGCUCGAGAUCGCGAGUGACAAGAGUGUAGCACCCAUGCGUCCUCGGGUAUCUGCACUGCUCUCCAUGUACAAUGUGUGCCUCAACACAGAGUACGCGGUGUCAAGCGUGAACUCCGUCAGCCUCGCGUCGCAACAAGUGCCCGAAAACAAGCCGCAGGUCUCAGGGGGAUGUUCUUUGGCCUCGGGAGAAAAACAACUCGGGGCUGAUUUAGUGGUAGCUUUCUGCAGCAUGUUCAAUUCUUCUGGUGAUCUGAAUGAUUUGGCAGGAGCGAUGGCCUCGCAUUGCAAAGAACACGGCUUCGUUCUCCUAUCUCAUCGGACCACUCUAACUGCAGCUGAAAUCUUGUUGUCUCAAAUGAGUGGGGUCCCUUUUCGAAUUUACACUGAGGAGGCAAUGACUGCAGUGUUCAGUGGUCGCGGGUUUCGGAUGGUUGUCCUCAAGUCGAACAACUUCUCAACACUCUUGCUGUUCAGGAAAGUUACCAUAGCUGUCGAUGUCACCAAGCAGGCAGUUAUCAGUGUGCAAAAUGGGCAGUUUGAUUGGGUUGAGUCUUUGAAGCAAAAAGCAGCAGAACAUGACACGAAGCCCACAGGAGAUAAUAUAUGGCUACUCGCUGAAGACGCCGGUACAAGUGGCAUCCUUGGUUUAACCAACUGCCUUCGGAAGGAGAACAUUGGUGGUCGCAUUCGCUGUGUAUUUGAUGCCAAUUCGAAAGGUUUCAACAGCGCAGCCAACUUCAGCUUAACCAACCGAGCCUAUAAAGACAUAGUAGAAAAAGACCUGGUCAUGAACGUCCACCAGGAUGGCUAUUGGGGAUCCUACCGGCACCGCGCCGUCAAUGCCAAGGCGAAGAUAAAAACGCAGUUCGCGUACCUAGAAGUCGAGACUCGCGGAGACCUGUCGAGUCUGCAGUGGUACGAGUCGCCAACGGCCUAUCUCUCACCUUGUGAUAAAAUUGGCCGAGAGGAUCUCUACGUCGACGUUUAUUACAGUGCUAUCAACUUCCGGGAUAUCAUGCUUGCUACAGGAAAAGUGAACUUGGACACUGCGCGUGGUGACAAUGUCACAGGAGACGCCUUCCUCGGCAUGGAGUAUUCUGGCCGCGACAGGAACGGACGACGUGUCAUGGGAGGUGUCAAAGGCCAGUCCAUAGCGAGUUUCGUCGUUGCUGAUCCGGAUAUGAUGUGGGAAAUUCCUGCAGCCUGGACCAUGGAACAGGCUGCCACUGUCCCCGUGGCAUACUCGACUGCGUAUUACGCACUAAUUGUACGAGGAGCUAUGAAGCCGGCAGAGUCAGUCCUCAUACACAGUGGUAGUGGAGGCGUCGGACAGGCUGCAAUCGCAAUUGCUCUUUCCAUGGGCUGCACAGUAUUCACCACUGUAGGGUCUCAAGACAAGAGAGAAUUUCUCCGGAAGCGGUUUCCAACGUUGCAAGACAGACACAUUUCAAAUACCCGAGACCUGUCGUUCGAACAACACGUUAUGCGUGAAACUGAAGGCCGGGGAGUGGAUCUGGUGCUGAAUUCUUUGGCCGGCGAUAAGUUGCUGGCCAGCGUUCGCUGCUUGGCAACGCGCGGUCGCUUUUUGGAGAUCGGCAAGUUCGACCUGUUCGAGGACAAAAAUCUUGGAAUGUCGUUGUUUCUCCAGGACGUCAGCUUCCACGGGGUGAUGUUGGACAGCUUGUUGAACCCUGAUCCAAGUUCCGUUGCAUUGAAGCGCCACCUCAGAUCGCUUAUUCUCGAAGGAAUCGACAAGGGAGUGGUCAAACCUUUGAUGCCCUACACGUUCACCCGAGAGGAGGCCGAAAAAGCGUUCCGUUUUGCGGCUGCAGUUAAACACACUGGAAAAGUUCUGAUCGAGGUAGAUGACCUUGUCCUGAAGUGCAACUACGUUGUUAGUGACACGAGCAAGGGUUUCUCAGCUUCGCUCACUCCUAAGUGGCUGGGUUCGUACCGAGUGGAGAAAGCUUGGACUCUGCUCGCGUACCUGCUGAAAGACCGGAUUUCGGGAAAUCUCAGCCUUGCCCACAUCGCAGACCUGAAAGCCUUUUCAUCAAGGUCUGACGAGCCUGCACCAGUGCCCAGUGGCUCUUCGCGCAAGUAA